AUGGCGAGUUUUCCGAUGGAUAUCGUCACCGACGUACUCCACCGUCUCCCCGCCACUACCCUAGUCCGAUGUCUUCUCCUCUCGAAGCCUUGCUUCUCUCUUAUCAACAGUCCCGACUUCAUCGCCUCGCAUCUCAAACGCACGCUCGAAACCGAAGACCACAUCAUGAUCCUCCUCCUAACAAUCCUCCGUCUACUCUCCCUCAUCGAGAAUCCUCUCCUAACCGGCGGUUUCACUCAAUUUUUCGGUUCGGUUAACGGUAUAAUCGGUUUAACAAACCCCCCUACCGAUUUCGCGCUUUUCAAUCCAUCAACUCGCAAAAUCCACCCCUUACCUGUUGCGCCUAUCGACUUCCCUGAACGUUCCCUCACUCGUCGUCAGUAUGUUUUUUACGGAUUAGGUCACGAUUCCGUCACCGAUGAUUACAAAGUCGUUAGGAUGAUUCAAUCUAAAGAUAGAGGAGGUGAUGAUGAGAGCGUUGGUUAUCCUUUCGAAGUCAAAGUUUUCAGCUUAAAGAGUAACAAAUGGAAGAGAGUCCAACUUCUUUCCGAAGACGUUGAGAUUCUUUUCGACAGCUUCUUUUUCCGUUUGCUGUAUCGCCGCGGGAACGGUGUUCUCGUUAGCAACAGUCUUCACUGGAUUUUGAUUCAUAACGAAGGAGAUUUCGGGAUGAACACGAUAAUCAGAUAUGAUCUCGCUACCGAUGAACUUGGACUCGUCAGUUUCUCGCAUGAUGUUUACUGUAAAGGGAUGGAUAUUGGUGUGUUGGGUGGGUGUCUUUGUAUGAUGUGUUAUAACGAGGUUAGGCAUGCGGAUGUUUGGAUUAUGAGGGAGUAUGGAGGAGAGUGGAGUAAGUUUUUGUCUGUGCCGCAGCCGGAGAGUGUUGUUUCGUUUGAGUUUGUGAGGCCUUUGGUUUAUUCUAAGGACAGGAGGAAGAUUUUGUUUGAGAUAAACAAUGGGAAGUUGUUUUGGUUUGAUUUGGGGAGUAAGAGUUUUGAGACGCUUGUGAUAAAGGGUUGUGAGGAUCUUCAGUGUAACGCUGAGAUUGUUGUGAGUAGCCUUGUUUUGGGGUGUAAAGGUGAUCUUGGCAGAGCUCGAGAAAAGAAAAUGAUGCAGAAGGGUAAUAAAAGGUGGGGUGCUCAUCUUUAUAAUGUGCUUUCUUACUUGUUUUUAUUCCUUGAUUCAGAUAUUUAGAUAAGGAGAAAAGAGUCUUGUGUGUAUCUUCAUUCUUUGAGAUUUUACGAUGGCAUAUGGUAAGAUGUAUUAACUUGCUGAAGCAUCUUGUGUUACAAUCUCAGGAGGGAUGACUUUCUGUCCAAGGGAUUCAAGCUGAAGCUAUGAGCAAAGCAGGGGAACUUCAAAGCCCAAACCUUUAUGAAGGCGCAGGCCGUAAGUGGAAAGGAAAUGGCGUGAAGCAGUUUCAUCAACUUCUAAUCCCAUAUUAGGUCUUAAAACUAAUUAGCUUAACCUAUGUAGUACGUAUAUUUUGUAAGAGAAGACAGUGUGCUUAGGUAACUUCUUUUGAGUAUGGCAUGUCGCAGUACGCAAUUUGGUUUCUACUAUAUAUGCCAAACGGG